GCCCUCCUCUACCUCCUCCUCCUCCUCGCGUGGGUCGGAGCCAGAGAAGGAGCCGGAGCCGGAGCCGGCCGGACGCGCGAUGAUCGCCAGGCGCGGGAGGCAGCGCUGAGGAGCGGCUGAAGGACUGACUGACUCGCCUCUCCUCCUCCUCCUCCCCGCGGCCAGGCUGGAGCCCACUCCUCGCGUGGCAGGAACAGCAGCAGCGCGGGCAUGGAGGGCAGCAAACCCAGCUCCUCGCCCGGCAGCCGGGAGGACGGCAGCCCCGGCGCCAACGCCUGCUUCCAGGGCAAGGCGGAGAAGGCGCCGGGCAGCCCGGGCGCCUCGGGCAGCCUCAAGGAGCACGCCAACUCGGUCUGCUUCAAAGUGGACGGGAGCGGGGCCGCCGGCGAGGAGCCCGUGGCCGGCCUGGACGACCCCGACGCCGCCGCCCGCCGCCAGCAGCAGCAGCAGCAGCAACAGUAUGGCUUCAUGCAGCGGCAGUUCACCUCCAUGCUGCAACCCGGGGUCAACAAAUUCUCCCUCCGCAUGUUCGGGAGCCAGAAGGCGGUGGAGAAGGAGCAGGAACGGGUUAAAACUGCAGGCUUCUGGAUCAUCCACCCCUACAGCGACUUCAGGUUUUACUGGGACUUAAUAAUGCUUAUAAUGAUGGUUGGAAACCUUGUCAUUAUCCCUGUUGGGAUCACAUUCUUCACGGAGCAGACAACCACGCCAUGGAUUAUUUUCAAUGUGGCUUCAGAUACUGUAUUUCUGUUAGACUUGAUCAUGAACUUUAGAACUGGAACUGUCAAUGAGGACAGCUCAGAGAUAAUACUGGACCCCAAAGUGAUCAAAAUGAAUUAUUUAAAGAGCUGGUUCGUGGUGGACUUCAUUUCAUCAAUACCAGUGGAUUAUAUAUUUCUCAUUGUAGAAAAAGGAAUGGAUUCAGAAGUCUACAAAACAGCUAGAGCACUUCGCAUUGUGAGAUUCACAAAAAUCCUCAGUCUGUUGCGUUUGUUACGGCUUUCAAGACUGAUAAGAUAUAUUCACCAGUGGGAAGAGAUUUUCCACAUGACAUAUGACUUAGCAAGUGCUGUGGUAAGAAUCUUCAACUUGAUUGGAAUGAUGCUGCUUCUUUGCCAUUGGGAUGGUUGCCUUCAAUUCUUAGUACCAUUGCUGCAGGAUUUUCCACAAGAUUGCUGGGUGUCCCUAAAUGGUAUGGUUAAUGACUCUUGGGGAAAACAGUACUCCUAUGCACUCUUCAAAGCCAUGAGCCAUAUGCUUUGCAUUGGUUAUGGAGCCAGAGCUCCAGUCAGCAUGUCAGACCUCUGGAUAACUAUGCUGAGCAUGAUUGUGGGGGCCACCUGUUAUGCCAUGUUUGUUGGCCAUGCCACCGCCCUAAUCCAGUCUUUGGAUUCAUCACGGCGUCAGUAUCAAGAGAAGUACAAACAAGUGGAACAGUACAUGUCGUUCCAUAAACUACCUGCCGAUAUGCGUCAGAAGAUCCAUGAUUAUUAUGAGCAUCGUUACCAAGGCAAGAUCUUCGAUGAGGACAGCAUUCUCAAUGAGCUUAACGACCCUCUUAGGGAGGAGAUUGUCAACUUUAAUUGCCGGAAGCUUGUUGCCACCAUGCCCCUUUUUGCAAAUGCUGACCCGAAUUUUGUAACUGCCAUGCUCAGCAAACUGAAAUUUGAGGUGUUCCAGCCUGGAGAUUAUAUUAUCCGGGAGGGAGCUGUGGGGAAAAAGAUGUACUUCAUUCAGCAUGGUGUUGCCGGUGUUAUCACUAAAUCCAGUAAGGAGAUGAAGCUAACAGAUGGCUCCUAUUUUGGAGAGAUCUGCCUUUUGACCAAGGGCCGACGCACUGCCAGUGUGAAAGCAGAUACAUACUGCCGGCUAUAUUCUCUUUCUGUGGACAACUUCAAUGAAGUCCUGGAGGAGUACCCCAUGAUGAGAAGAGCCUUUGAAACUGUGGCCAUUGACAGGCUGGACAGGAUAGGAAAGAAGAAUUCUCUUCUGCUCCAAAAAUUCCAAAAAGAUCUCAACACUGGGGUUUUCAACAACCAGGAGAGUGAAAUUUUGAAGCAGAUUGUGAAACACGACCGCGAGAUGGUGCAGACUGUGGGGCCAGUCCUUUUGCAACAAAUGCCUGCUCUGAAUUCAGCAACUGCCUCAGCAAUGAGGACACAGUCUCCACCUGUAUAUUCAAUGACAAGCCUCUCCCACGGGAGCUUGAAUUCUCCAACACCGAGCACCCAGACACCUCAGCAAGCUGCCAUUUUCUCACCUUGCUCCUAUUCGUCUGCAGUCUGCAGCCCCCCAGUACAAAGUCCUCUAGCUGCUGGGCGAACUUUUCAGUAUGCGACCCCUACAGCAUCGCAGUUGUCACUGCUGCAGCAGCAGCAACUGCAGCAACAACAGCCCCAACAACCUCUGCAGCAGAUGCCUAGCGCAUCACAGAAAAGUGAUGUCCACAAGAGCACACAAGCUCUUCACAAUGCUAGUCUGACAAGGGAGGUGAGGCCCCUUUCGGCUUCACAGCCUUCUUUGCCCCACGAGAUUUCAAUGAUGAUCGCAAGACCUCAUCCGACCGUGGGAGAAUCUUUAGCCUCCAUUCCUCAGCCACUGUCCGGUUUCCAAAGCACAGGCCUUCAGGCUGGGAACAAAGGCACAGUCCCCCAAAGAGUUGCCCUCUUCCGCCAGAUGUCUUCAGGAGCAAUUCCACCCACGCGAGGAGCUGCACCAUCAGCGGCCACAUUGCAAAGGGAUUCUUCCACAGUCUUAAAUACCGAACUAGAGGGAGACAAACCACGGUUUGCUUCAAACUUAUGAUUCAUGCAGACCAUAAAUAAAAUCAGAGAUGUUGACAUAAACAGUUAUCACUCCUGGAAAAAGUGUUUUAACUUAAUGUCUGAUUAGACCCCAGCUGUCUACCAUGAAAAGGAGAACUUUAGACAGACUUAUCCCUUGAAAUCGAAUGUAUGAGAUACAGACAGUCAGAAGAAAAAAAGAGAAAAACCCAAAUGGCCUCUCAAUGUCUUCCUUGCUUAGAAAUCGUUAAAUGAUACUAUAAACAUUGGUUGUAAUGUUGUUUAUUUUUAAACCUGAUUAAAAAUAUGAAGAGAUUUCUUGGAACAGUUCUAUGGCAAAAUAACAAUGACAGUAUUGUUAAUUCCAGGAGCUAAGCCUCAAAAUAAAAUUUAAAAAUAACAACCACAAGAUUCUUAGAACAUAUAUAAUCUUGGAUUUGGCACUUGCUGAACUUUUCUUAAUCAAAAAUAAUUGAGACAUUUCCCAUUUUAGAGGUCCAGAUUCCAUUUCUGGUGCUUUUAUAUUCAGGUUAAGAUUGAAGGAUCAAUGACAUACUCACUGUCAGCAGAAGUUGGUCUAGCCAUACUGUUUACAUGGGAUUUAGAGUUGCUCUUCUGUUUUAGAAAGCUGGGUGGACUUUUAUCUUCAUAUGAGGGAGGGAGAAUUAAUAAAAGCUCAUUAAUCCUAAUGUAAAUAACUUUUUAGACCCAAAUACUAAUAAUAACAACAAAAAUAGUUCCUGUGUGGUGUAUCAUUGCAAAGUAUUUGUUUAGAAAUUUAGUUUCAGCUAUUCACGCCAAAAUGUAACAUUUUAAAAUUUUACAAACUAUAACAUGCAACACAACUAUAAUGCAAUGGCUUGAGACCUACAAUGCUACUUUUACAUGCAGUGUUUUUAUGCAAAUUUGUAUGCUUGAUCCUGCUAUAUGUGUACUUCACCAGUACCACCAUGUCUUUCUUCUUUUAUCUCAAAAUGUCCUACGCAUGCUUGGAAAUUUAAUUUUAAUUUUUUAAUAAAAAAAGAUUUGUCUAAAACAAAUCAAAAGAUGAACAAUUAGAGCACCCCACAAACCAGUACAAUUAGUCGAUCUAAUCAGCAUUUUUAUGAACAAUCUCAAAUAUAUCUUCUUCAGUUUGAAAAAUGUUUAAUGUGAAUUGAUGCUUUCUGCUUUUCAUUUCCUGUAAUGCUGACAUUGAAUCUGAUGUUACUAACUAGACAUAAUUUAAUUUUAAUUGACUUCAAUGAAUUAUUUUGUUGAUCACUGCUUCAUUUAGACUUUCAGGUGUGUCCUCUGUCCUCUCGGUAGUUUUCUAGUUGACUGUGGUGAUAUUUUUUAAAAAGAAAUAAGUAUACUAUAGCAUCCUGUUUGUUUGGGAAUGCACGACUUGCUAAGUGUAUACUAUAAUAAUUUGGACAAUUUAUUGUACUACAGCAUGUAGUGUUGAACCUAGAAAUGAACUUAUUUCUUCUUCUUCUAAUGUCUAAACAAAGGAGAGGGAGACCAUAAGGGAAGACAGGGUUACAGUACACCGUUUGGUUAAAAAACCUGUUCUUUCAUUUGUUCCCAUCUUCUCCUUACCUGACAAUUUUGGAUGAUUCCAGAUAAAGAAUUUCCCAAGAGCCAGGUGUGCUGAUUCAGGCCCAUUCACACAUUGUCUACUAUGGUGCCAAUCCUUGACACAUUAAUGGGCAUGUUGCUAUCACAAGCAUAACUUUACACAUACCCAUCUUGCAUCAUGUGGCUGGAAGUAACAUGACAUCAAUGGUCUCAGGGUGAAAACCAUGUAACUGUAUGUAACAAUAAAACAAACAAAAAACAGUGUGUUAGUUGCCCACAAGCCAUACCAGACAGAACUAGAAGUUUCAAUGUUUGUAGAAGAAUCCAACACAGCAACUAGUGCAUGUUAAUCCCAAAAUAGAUUUGUGAUGCUUUCCCUGAAGCACUCAUUCCCUACUUCUGAUAUAGUAUUGCCGACAUGGAGGAACUUUUGUACGACCAGUGUCACCCUCCUCCCAAAGAAAGCCCUUUAGCAAAUGUCAGUGCCUGGGGAGGGUCAUGGUUACACUGUCCAUGUCGUAACAGAACUACAUGUUGAAUGAUGAUGUAAACAACUUUGUCUAUCUCUUCUAUAAAAAGUAGAUAACCCUUGCUGAAAGAAUGUGCCCAUUAAACUAACACCACAAAGCACUGGAAAAACAUGCUGGCCCUGUUUACACUACCAAAAUAAAGUAGACUCCGCUGCUGUGGGGAGUCCAUAUCAUACAUGGCUGGAUUUGCAGCACAACUUCUGCAUUCAGCCAUUAUUCUACAUCAAGGGGAAAAAGAAUUUACUCAAGCUUUCUGGAAGUUCCAUAGUGAUCCUGCUGUUUCAAAAGUGUGGAUAGUUGGAUCAGCUUGGAUCUGGCCAAGUCCACUGUCCACACCACCAGCAUAGGUACCACUGCAUCACUGACAGAAAACAGUGCUCUCCAAGAAACUUGCUGGUGAUGUUGCAUUUCUACUAAUGUCAUUUUGGGGGCUGAGCCAUGAGAUCAGAAAUGCAACAUCAGCCGUUAGUCUUGGAGAAAGAACUGCUUGCCUGCAAUGAUGAUGUGCCCUUGAACUAGCUGACUGUGUGGACAGUCAAAGGUUUCUGAAGCUGCUCCUGGGGCUGCAUCUGAGUAACUCCAGAGUCCUUUACAGCUGGUUUUCCAGUAAGUGUAGACCUACCUACAGAGCUUACAUGGUGAGAUGCUCCAAGACAACACAUUAAAUUAUAGGCAAUAACACAAUUCACCAAGAAUGUUUCCUAUCCAAACCGGAUCCAUUUCAAUGAGAUUCAUUUUGGAGAACCCCUUAAUAAAUUGUAUCCAAAGUUAGCAAAGCGUGGAAAGUUUUCUCCACAGGAGCCUCAUUGCCACCAAUGAGACAACUGUAGACUGGGUGGCUUGAGAACUGUUACCCAAAUGUCAUGCUGCUUGUUAUGCCUUGUCCUCCAAUGAUAUUUUGAAUGCCUACAUAAAUUAACCACACUUAAAGACUAGCGAAUCCCACUUCCCAACUGAAUUAGUGAUGUUAUUUAUUCCAUGAAUAUGAUGCUGAUGGUUAAAUGGGAGUGGAUAAGAAUCGCAUACAAGGAAUGUAAUGUUUGAUGUAUUAUGGAUAAGCUGCAAGACCAUUUAUUUUUGGUACAAUAGAACCCUGAGUUUAUUUUAAUACUGAUGAUAAAUUUUAUCCAAUUUAUGAUGAUCAUAUUCUGGUCCUUAAAACUAUUCAAAGUUUACAUUAGAUAGACGUAUAAUGGAGUUAGUAGUCAACUAUUUUUAUACAUAUGUUUAUUUUAUUUUAAGUAAUAUAAAGAAACAUUGACAUGCAUGGUCUUUCAGUGAAACCAUUAAAAAACUUUUUAAUGACUUUGUAAUAGAGUGGAUGAAAUCAAUGGUUUGUAAGUUAAUUUGAAAAGGUACAGGGUAUAAAACAAUAUACAUAUAUGUAUGUAUGAAUGUGUAUAUGUAUAUAUAUAUUUAGGUUACAAAAACUCAUUUCUGUAAUAUAAAGAAUAUCCAUUGCUAUUUUGAGAACUGACCUAUUUUUCUCUGAAUAUAAAUAAUCCCUUAAAUAUGGAAAAUAACAUCUGUAUAGGAUGGUAUGUAUUCAUGAUGAUGUCAGAUCAUAUUGCUGCUGAAAAAGAAAACAUCAAAUGAAUUCUUACAAUGAUUGUGUGAUCAGGGAUGAGUUAGACUUUUUUUUCUUUAGUCUUUGCUCAAAGCCAUAAAUAUAUAUAUAUAAAUACAAAUAAAUAUAAAUACAAAGAUUAUUAAUAAAUUCAACAAAAUCAUAAAAUAAUAAAAAUAUGAAUAUUUUAUUUGA